AUGAGAGAGCGCGCGAGAUUAAUCCAGCAGCAACGCUCAAACAAAGAACUGCUCGAGGCACUUCAGGUGCAGCGCUUAUCGUUAGCCACCACGGGGUCUAUGGUUCACAGUUCAUCGUACAACAACAAAAUGACAGCCCCGUUCGAUGCGCUUACACGCCUCGGCACGAAUUUCCGUGAACGACAGCGUACGCUACUGGAGAUGCGGCACGAUCGCCUGCAGUUUGCUCGCCAGUUCAUGCUCCGACAAUUGCACUGCCUGGGUAUGGACGAGUAUUGCGACCGGAAGAAGUUCAAAACAGACCACGGCGACCUCAUGUGGCUGAACUUUGAAAUUGUCCCGCUGCCUGAGGCGCAGAGCAUCAAGGCGACGGUCCAGGCGCUCCAACACUUUGUGCACAACAUUGAGAUCAACAUUUCCGAUGCGACUGGCGAUGUCACGGUCCGCGAGAACGACAACGCGAUGCCAGACAGCGCUGUAGCCCAGCAUCGCCUUGUCACGAAAAUCGACAACUUGGAGGUCGAGUCGAACCACGUGGCAUUCGGGGAAUACUAUCCAGCGACUCCAGGUCUGCAAGAACAAGCGUUGAUGAUCUGCGAUGUCGUGGAAGAAGACAAACUGUUCCCGUACCGUCAUUCGGAACGACUGCGCCAGGACGUGAUUACCAUUAUUUCGCUGGUAUCGCACCAGGGUGAGGACGGCAAACCCAUUAUCGUGAUGGCUCGCUGGCUGUGCCAACGUAUUCUCAAGUCUGUCAUUCCCGUGCCUCAGUUUGCGGUGAAUCGCAUUCGCGAUAAUGCCGAAAAGGGGGCCCAGGCCAUGCUCUCAUGCUGCUUCAACUCAUCCACCAUGUCGAGCUCUUAA